AUGGCCGAUUUUACUCAAUUAAUAAACGAAAAUGCAUGUCGCAUUGAAUACGAUUGCCAAGAUAUGCCAUUUCAUAUUGCUUGCUCAGCACACAGCGCUAACUUGGCCAUUGGCGAUACCAUCAACAAAUGUACUGAGGUCAAAAAUGCAAUUGAAAUCUUUCGGGAUUAUUCGAAAAAACUUAGAACGCCAACGUCAAUGAGAGUUCUUCAAGAAAACAACCAAAACAUGGCACUGUUGGAUGUAUCAACUCGAUGGUCGUCGCUUUACAACAUGUUACUGAGAUUGGCUCAACUAAAACCAUUUACGAGUUCAUUGCCAGACCAUCUUUUUAGCGGAAAGAAUAUGACCGAAUCAAAUUGGGAGGAUAUGAUGGAAUUCAUCGAAGUACUAAAACCCACGGCAAUAUUGAUGAAAAACCUUCAAAAUGUGCACAUAUCGUUGAGCGAUGUUUUUGCUUAUUGGACUGGCGCAAUUUUGUCACUUCAAGAACUUCAGACAGUGCAACCCGAAAGUCCCUUUUUGGAUACAAUGUUGGACAAUGUGCAAGAACGAUUCAAAUAUGUGUCGAGCAACCCAAUGAUGUUGGCUAGCGUUUACCUUGACCCAAGAUAUCAACUAUUGUUGGAUUCCGCAGAAAAAGACAAAGCGAUCGAUUACUUGACAAAACUACACAUGACAUGUUCUCAAGUUGAAAUUUAUCAACCACCGAUGAAUCAAAUCAAUAAUUUGCCACACGCUGGUUUGAGCUCACUUGAACAAUUUCUCCGCACAAAAGAAGUACCACCAACUGAUUCUGUACUGACCGAUGCAGUGACAAACAUUCGCAAAAGGCUCAUUGAUUUUGGUAAAAAUCCACGACAACCAUCAACUUCUAGUCUAUUGUCAUUCUGGGAGGAAAAUAAAAGUAAACAUUUCGAAUUACACUCACUUGCUGUCAUUAUCCACACUAGUCCCGGCACGGAAGUAAAAAUCGAACGGAACUUUUCAACUUUGAAAUUUGUUUUGAACCGAUUGCGAAACAAUUUAUCGGAUUACGACUUAGAAAAGAUUUUGAUUAUUAAAUUUAACACAAAGUAG